GCAUUAAAAAAUUUAGUUUAGUAAUCAAACGCAAAUUCAAUAGGACAAAUAUAUAAUAAGCAACAUAUAUAUGUGAUGAUUUUAAUUUACAGCAUGAAAAUUAUAAAAUUAUUAUAUUUGGCAUAAUUAUGCAAAUAUUUAAAUAUGUGAGUAACACUAAAAAUAUAUAAUAAUUAUGUAAAACAAAUAUAUAUAUAUAUAAAUGUGAAAAUAUAUAUCUGCACGAUUGUGCGGGUGGAUAUCUAGUAAAUUGUUUAAGAUUUGAGUAUCUAUUUUCUAAAUUCUGUUAUAUAAAUUGUUUAAUUUGAGAAUUUAAUGAUUUUUUUUGGUGAAUAAGUUUUUAAAACCAAGAAUAAUUGAUAUAAAGCAUAAUAAUGAUGAAUAUGAUUUUUAAAAUAUAAAGUAGAUAAUAUUAGGUAAUAUAAUAAAUAUUACCGUAACAUAUAUAUUUAAAUAUAUUAUAUAUAUUCGUAAGUUGUGAGAUGCAACAUUCAAGUACAUAUAUCACAUAAUUCAAUUCCAAAUUUAUUUUGGCAACUUCAUAUAUGAUUUUUUUAAAUAAGACAUAGCAUUAUAAUGAACUCUAAUAUAUUGGAUGAAAAAAAAAAGAACUCCGAUAUAUUUUGUACAUUUUCAAAAUUUUAAAUGAAUCAUACAUUAUAGUUUUGUGAACAACACGUUUUUAUGGUGUUAAUAGAGUUUGAUAAGAGUUUUUACCUUGGAAGUCUAAAUCUUAUGGUUUGAAUAAACAUAAUUUAGGUGAGUUUGUAAAGGAUGGGCUUAAUAUUUUGACAGAUAGUGGCAAAAUUUAUUGGGCUGAAAUAGUGCUGAGAUUUGAUUUGGCAAGAUCGCUUUUGUUUCUGAUGGGGUGGGCUUUUAAUUUCCGAAAACAAUUAAAAAAAAAAAAGGUAGUGACAUUUUUUGUAAUUAUCUGGAAAAAUCAGAGGCAGAAUAUAAGGUUUCUGUUUUAAUAGUAUAGACGUGAAAAAAAUAUAGUCGCUAACUUACGGAAAAGACUAAUCACAAAUUUCUUCAAGCUGUCAUCGUCUUAGGGUUUUGCCUCGUGAAGAUGCCAAAAACAACCGAAUAUUGCGAUGAAAAAAUUGAAGAGAUACUUUGUGAAGACCGGAUUAGUUCUUUACCCGACGAUUUGCUUGUGACGAUACUGUUGUCUGUCCCUCUUAAAGAUGCAGCAGCCACCAUGAUUUUGUCUAAGCGAUGGCGUUUUAUGUGGACUAUGUUGCCUAUACUUGUUUACAAAGAAAGCGAUGUUGAGAGCAAGAAUAGUGUUUGGGAUUUUCUUGACAAGUCACUGGAACUCCACAAAGCCCCUCUUCUAGGUAUGUAUAUGCAACUCGGUCCACAGUGUCCAUUAGAUGCUGAUGUGGGAAAGUGGGUUGCAAUGGCUCUUGAUCGCGGCUUGGCAUUGCUAAUCUUCGAGCUCCGCUGGUCCGCAGAUCCAACCAGCUUGCCCAUGACCCUUUACUCCUGCAAAUCUCUCAAGAUAUUGCGUCUCUCCCACAAGGUUCUAGUGGAUCUUCCUUCUUCCAUCUGGCUUCCAUCACUUCAAAUUCUCGAGCUAAACUGUGUGGUGUAUAAAAACGAAGAUUCUCUCAAAAGGUUCUUAUCAAGCUGCCCCGUUCUGGAGAGUAUGACCGUGACACGGGAAAAAGAUGACAACGUGAAAAUUUUCACUGUGAAAGCUCCUUAUCUAUUGGACUUAUCUUAUGGUAAUUAUAUGUCGGACGAUGAUGAAGAAGAUACCGGUAGAUGUUUGGUUAUUGAUACUCCGGCAUUAACAUACUUAGACAUAGCCGAUUAUUCAGGAAACUCUUGGUCGAUCGAGAAUACACCCUGUUUGGAGGAAGUUUACUUCAAUGUUGAUCGGUCUUUACUUGGUUUUGACAAAUUCUUAAGAUCUUUCUCCAAAGUCUUAUUUCUUGAGUUGAUUUUAACUGAUAAAAUGAUUGUGUGUUUUAGCACCAUCGAGUUCUCUCGGCUGACGAAGUGUAAAUUAUUCCCGAAUAACUCAAACUGGAUGGAUUCACUUGUGUCUUUCCUCCACAAUACUCCAAAACUUAAGUAUCUUAUAAUUGAUUAUAAAACAAACCAUCAACCACCGAUUGCCUCUAUGUGGUGGAGCCAAUCUAUCAGUGAUCCCGAAUGCUUAUCAUCAAGUCUGGAAAAGUUUGAAUUGAUAGACUAUGGAGGAAGAGAAGAAGAGCGAGAAUUGGUAGAAUACAUCUUAACCACCUCUAUAUGUUUAAAGACGGCUACAAUCUCCUUGUCCACCUUAAAACUUGAAGAUGAAGACAUAACUAUGAAGGAGUUGAAAGCUAUUCCUAGGGUUUCUAUAACAUCUCAUCUCUUUUUCAAAACUUCACAUAAAUAAUUAUGUAAACUAUAACUGUGUUUUUUUUUUGGGGUUUUACAUUGUUUCCUUAUCUCAACGUUUAUAUAUUAUAUAUAUUCUAUUUUGUAUAUUACAGAUCUUACUUAGAACAAUAAAUACGACUUGCUUAAGUAACAUCAGGUUUUUAUGCAUAUGUUGAAUGUUUAAAUUGGGGAAAUAAAGUUUGUUAUUGAGCCAAAAAAAAAUUUCCAUCAGGUUUUAGAAACAGGGAUUUCUCUAGUGUGUGAUAAAAGCAAAGUUCAAUACGCCACACUGGAGUAUCUUUGGGUUUAAUUCCCUCCCGAAGAAAGUUCUUAUGUGCGUUGAAGAGAUUUUUCACAGCUCAAACUCGCCGAGAAACAAACUUCACAGCAACAACCCACGAAUAUCUUAUCAUAGAACAGAACAACCCACAACAUAUUUGAAAUUAGGCCUGGACAUUUGGGUCGUCGGGUGGGGUUCGGAUCGGAUCUUUUUGGGUCCGGAUCUUUUGAAUCUAAGAGUUUAUGACUUGAUAUGGUAAUUUCAAAUUCUCGGUUCCGGAUCAGUCCGGAUCGUACCGGAUCCGGGUCGGGUCGGGUCUUAGAUACUUAGACCCAUUCGGGUAACUACAAUUUAUCGGUUCGGAUUCGGUUCGGUUCGGGUUUGAUUUAAAAAAGACCUAAAAUAAAAAAAAAAUCUGAAAAUAUUUAUAUAUCCAAAAAUAUUCAACAUUUGUGUUUUUAUUAUAUUAAAAUAUGUAUAUAUAUUAAACUAUGCGAGAUACAACAACCAUUCGUUGUCUCUUAGUGGUUGACCCCCAUGUUCUCUAGAUGUAUAACCCGUCUUCGAUUCCCCCUUAAUGCAUUUUAUUUAAUUUACAUUAUUAAUUCGGGCACCCAUCGGAUUUCGGGUUUGGGUCGGGUCAGGUCCAAGACCCGCGGGUCCUCUGCAACAAGACCCGAUAGGGUAAUUUGAUCAGGUCGGCUCCUUCCCGAACCGUUUUUUUUUUGGUCGGUUUCGGAUCGGAUCUUCGGGCCCGGGUAAAAUAUCCAGGCCUAUUUAAAAUUGUUUAAAAUAAAAUUAAAGAUCAUUUAAGGCCCAAUUACCAAUUUUUGGGCCUUUCCAAUUUGACGUUUUUGCAUCUAAUUUAUUCUUCGCUAGCUUUGUUAUUUUUUUUUAAUCCCUUAUAUAUUAAAAGAAAAGCAUUGUAAUAAUUGCGUUCACACUAAACUGGACACAUGUCACGUGUAGAAAUAUUAUAAUAAAUGCGUUCACACUAAAAUGGACACAUGUCACAUAUAAAGAGCUUCUCAGCUAAACUCUACAUAAAUAUGUUAACACUAUGUACUUUACGUUUUUUUAAUAUAAAACUCACAUGCAUAGUUCUUCUGUUUACGAAUAGAGCUGGACAAGUUAUUCCUAAAUUUUGAUUUGAUUCGUUAUCCGUUUUGAUUCGAACCGAAAAAUCUGGAUAUUCGUUACUCUACGAAGCAAAUCAAAUACUAAAAUACAAUAUCCGUAAAAAAUAAAUCAUAAAUAUCAAUAUUUAUAGGAACGGAUAUCCAAUUUGAUCCGUUAUAUGCAUAUAUAUACAUAUAUUUAAAGAAUUAUAUAUAAGUUAUAUAUUAUAGUUUAUAUAAAUUUUACAAUAUUUUUGUUUUUAAAUAAUUUCAUUUUAAGAAUUUUAUUUUUCAUGUAUUAUUUUGAAAAAAUGCUAUUUAAUAUUAAUUAACAGUAUCUUUACAUAUUUAUCAACCAUUUCUAUAUACUUUUACAUCCACAUACAUGUGCACAUUGACGUGAGCACCUUAUAAUUAAGUAUUUACCACAACUGCAAUAUCUAAUUUUGUUGAAAGUUAAAAUAUUUUUUUUUCUUAAUGAUUCUUUCACUAUCAACCAAAUUGUAGUAAAAUGAUUUGUCUUAAUAAUUUUUUUUUUAACUAUUAUCCGUUUAGAAACUAUGAUAUGAGACCAUUGGUUUGACAUCACGACUAUCUAAGAUUCAUAACAUGAAAAUAAAUAAAUAAUACUAAUUUUUGAUUAUCACAGGAAUAAAAACCAAAAACAUCAAACAUUUUAAUCAAACAAACCAAAUAAAUAUUUACUAGAUCUCGACCCACGCAACCGCACGGAUUUUUGUUUUCAUUUGUUUUUAAUUCGAAAUUGGUAUAUAUUAUAAUAUAUAUGUGUCUAUCGAUUUUUAAAACAUAAUAAAUUUACGUUAUAUUUUUCAUUGAAUAGAUUGUUUCAAACUUUCACAUGUAUUUGUAUCUUCUUCUAUAUAUAUAUAUUUGGAUUAUUAUUUCAUUAUUAAAAUCGUAACUAUAUAUAUAAAGAUUAGUAAAAUAUUGUUUUAUUGUCAUAUUCAAAGAUAUUGUAACAUUUCACAAAUUUAGAAAGUUUUUAAAAAAUUAAACUUUUUGCUUCAUAUAUUUAUAUUAUCGAGUAAAUAAUUAAACAUUUAGUUUUUGUUUAAUUUUUAAAAUAAACUAUAUAGUUUAAAAUUUGUUUUCAUUAGUUUAAAGUAGUAAAUAUUAACCAUUGUUAGAUAAUAUGAUUUUUUUUUAUUUUAAAUAAUAUUUAUUAUUUUAAAAGUUAACAUCGACAAAUAUUUAAAUAAUUAACAUAUGGAGGUAUAGUAUUACAACAUUAAAUUAUAUCUAUUUAAUUUAUACUAUUUAUAAAUCUAAUGAAUCAUCUAUUAUAUAAAUCCAAUUAUUCAUAGCCCAAAAAAAAUUUUGGUAGGCCCAAAAUUUAAACGAUAAGAUUAGAGAUUAAAUGUAACAUGACUUUUUAGAAAUAUGUCAAUUAUGUCUAUUUUA